GCGCUCGCAAAGGAAAAGUCAGCGCGCAGGUGAGUCUUGUGUUCAGGUAAGCGGCCGCAUUUAGUUUGCGCUCGACGUGCGCACGUAGCGGCCAUCUUAUGAUGUCUUAAGUUCAACUUACAAGUUAAGCGACAUAUUCACAUAUUAUUAUUAACAGACAUAACUUGAGUGACGUUUAAUUACAUAAUAAACUAAAUACAUUUCCGCGAUGGGUUCGAAAAUAGAAUAUGUCGAUUCGACGCAAAUUUACGCGACCAGUUACGUGCGGAACUCUAAGGCGAUCGGCGUGCUGUGGGCGAUCUUCACCAUUUGCUAUGCAAUCAUCGGCGUUGUGGCGUUCGUUACUCCUGAAUGGCUGGGAAACGUCGAGGGUGACAAGCCGGGUAAAUUCGGCUUGUGGGCAGAAUGCUACGCUGAAGAGAACGGCGAGCAAUGCCGAGGGCGGUUGGAUGAAUUCUACGACAAUGGGAAUUACGCCUUUCAAGGUGCUACCGUCGCUGUCGGCGCUGCUUGUGUCACGGCGUUGAUGACAGUUGGGGCUAUGCUUUUCUUCUUCUUCUGUCACUCGACCAGCGUGUAUCAUGUUUGUGCAUGGCUACAAUUAAUAUCAGCAAUCUGUAUGAUAAUCGGCUGCUCAGUUUUCCCUCUUGGAUGGAACGACGAGAAAAUCAAGUCAAUCUGCAUGGAUAGCAAUCAAUUCCAGCUGGGAAUAUGUGGUAUUCGAUGGGCUUAUUUAUUGGCGGCCAUUGGUUGUCUGGAUGCUGUUAUUUUAUCAACAUUGGCGUUCAUUUUGGCCACGAGGCAUAUUCGUCUGCAACCUGAUCCACAAUAUGCACCAGCAAGUUUAUUCAAAGGCGAAAUGAAUGGUGCAUUCGUGAACGAUACCGGCAGCGUGGCUGGAUCCCGCAAGUCCUUGAACCUUCACCCGGUUCUCAUGAUGCAUCCAGCGCAGGACGACACCUACUCGCAGUUUUCCCAACGCACCGUGCCGCGGUCAACGCACGGCGGGCAUUACUCUCAUCCACAUCAUCCCAUGCAUCACAAUCACAAUUACUAAUUAAUUAGUUAAUUAACUAAUUCCGCCAGCUACUCUGCUGCACUCCAACAUUUGCAUUGUGUAUUAUAGAUUGUUUCAGGCGUACUUGACGCAUUUACAUAAUGCAAUUAUUUAUCUCAUGCCUUUUACACAUUGUAAACUUCUGUUUAUUUUGGAAUGUAAUUAUUAUACUACUUAUAGUUUAAUAAUGUACAGUAAGACUUUUGAAUUUUAUUAUUGAUUGUACUUUUAUGUAUUGUACUGACAGUUUAUAAUAUUUAAUUUAAUUUAAUUUGUCAAUAUUAAAUUAUAAUUGUUAGUUUUAUUUAUAUUUGAUGUUUUUUUUAUGUUUAUAAAAAUAAAGAAUGAAAUUUAAAUUAAAA